AUGCCCCUCGGAACCUCACCAUGGGACGCUCCUUCAGAAAUGUCACAGCCUUUGAGAUUCUGCAAACCACAUCCCUUUCCAUCCUGGAGGGCGAGGCUUUGCAUCUGCGCUGUGUGGCUGACAGCAACCCCCCUGCACAGCUGAGCUGGUUCCAGGGGUCCCCAGCCCUGAACGCCACCCCCAUCUCCAGCACUGAGAUCCUGGAGCUGCCUCGAGUGGGGACUGCAGAAGAAGGAGAGUUCACCUGCCAAGCUCAGAACAGGCUGGGCUCCCAAAAUGUCUCUCUCAGGCUCUCUGUGCUCUACCCCUCACAGCUGCUGGGACCCUCCUGCUCCUGGGACGACCAGGGUCUGACCUGCAGCUGCUCCUCCCGAGCCCAGCCGGCCCCCUCCCUGCGCUGGCAGCUGGGGGAGCAGCUGCUGGAGGGGAACCGCAGCGAGGCCUCCUACACGGUCACCUCCCGCUCGGCAGGGCCCUGGGCCAACAGCUCCCUGAGCCUCAGCGGGGGGCUCAGCACCGGCCUCAGGCUCAGCUGCGAGGCCAGGAAUGUCCACGGGACCCAGAGCGCCGCUGUCCUGCUGCUGCCAGGGAAGUCGGUGUCCCAGGUGGGAGCGGUUCCUGCGGCUCUCGGAGGUGCUGGUGCCACGGCCCUGCUGGCCCUGUGUGUGUGUCUCAUCUCCUUUUGCAUAGUGAAAGCCCUCAGGAAGCAAGCAGCCGGCAGACCAAAGGUCACGGGUGAUGAAGACCCUGUCAUGGGCACGGCCACCUGGGGCCCCCAGCAAAAUCCCAGACCAGACAGGCCCCCAGAACAAGUGUCACCUGCUGAGCAUGACCCUCUCUCAGGGGAGCAACAGGAGCUCUACUAUGCCAACCUCAGCUUUGAAGGGAUGCAGCCGCGGGAGCCUCAGGACCAGGAGGCCACCAACACCCAUGAGUACUCAGAGAUCAAGACGACAAGCAAGUAAGGACUUGCUCAGAGCUCGGUCCUGGCCGGAGGCAUCACAGCCCCUCUGGGGAAAAGAAGUCAGAGACUCAUUGGUGAAGCACGAGAUCUUGUGGCAUGACUGCCACUGCUGUACAGGCACCCCUGGCCGAGCGGAAAGAAGACAGGUGAUGGGGUUACAGAACUUGGGGGCUCAUAGGCAAGCUUCAGUGCUUCCUAAGGCAUUGUCAUCAACCGAUCCACUUUCAUUUCUCGGUGCCUCAGUUUCCCGUUCUGUGCAGCACAGGCCAUGCAUCCUACUCAACCGUGGUUGUGAGCAUUAAAGGCGUUAACACACGGAAAUCAACGGCGAGUG